AUGACAACCGUCGAAUACCUCGAAAGUGUAUUAAAAGAACUUGACUUGAGUUGUUCUCGCCAAAUAGUCUUUAAUCCACUUGUGAUAAACUUUUUAAGAAGUCUUUUGAUGUAUGUCCAGGAAGCGAAAGGAGGUGCUUUACCGGAACACCCCACACAAGAAGCACCACAACCGUUACAGUUACAACGCAAUUUUCAAGACCAGUUGGCGUCAUUAAAAGAUGAAUUAACACAAUUAAUCGAUCAAAACACUUCUACGAUGAAUUUGAGAAUAGUUACUAUGAGUGAUACUAUGCAAGGGCUUUAUGAUAAGGUGAAUGCAAUUGAGACGCAGAAGUUGUUGAACGGAAUACUCUCAGGAACGAACACAGAACACACCACUAAACUCAAUGCACUGGAUGUCCAACUUGAAGAGCUCAAGGGAAAGGUAUCAAUUCUGACUAACUCAUUGCUAACACUCAAAACUGAAAUGUCAACACUAAAAGCACCUCAAGACGAACUCACAACACUAAAUAACAAGUGUGAGGCGUUGCGAGUUCAAUUGAGUCAAGUCACUUUAAAGGUCGAUAAACUCAACCAACAAAACAAUGACGUUAUACACGAAAAUGAGGUGCCAAAACCGUUAUUUGGGUUCAAUCAAGAACAACCACAGAACUCAAGUGACGUGUCGACGAACGAAAAAACAAAACAAACAACUGAUACGUUUAAACCAAAUUUCCAAUUCACACCAACAAUUAAACCAUCUGUAGUGGAGAAAAAGGGCGAACCAAAAAGCGAACAAAAAGUGGAGAAGAAAGAAGUUAAUGUGGGAAAACUCGAAGAAAAUAAGAUGAAUGCACAGAACAAAACAAGUCCGUCGUAUUGUGAUAAAGUCGAUGAAAUUGAUAAAACUGUUAAAGAACAAACAAAUAGUCAAACAGUGAAUAAAACACAAACAAACCAAAUUCAACAAACUCAGAAAAAGCAAAAUGAGCAAUUGGAACAAAAAGAUGAUGUGACGCCUCAACGUAAAUCAACAAAUCAAAUGAAUGGGAGUUAUACAACAAAUGUGCAGAACCAAGAAAAUUGCAUUGAGAAGACAAUUGAAGUAAAACAAAUGUUGCCAACAACACAAGUAAAUGCGCAAGAGAUAGUCACUCUGUCACAAACAGGGACUUUACCAAAGUUACAGCCAUUCAGUGAUACGGUCAACUCCCCACAAAUCACCGCGCAGUUGUCUGGAUGGUGUCAAGGAAAGGUGAAGCUCCUGUUCUUAUCAGACGAGCGAAAGAUUGAUUCACAACACGUGAACAAGAAGAUCCAUGGGAAGAAGGGAAUACUUGUGAUGUGUAGAAGUGAGAGUGGCAAGGUCUUUGGAUUUUUCAGUGGCGGGAAAGUGCCGGAAACCACCGAGAUGAAGGGGAAGUCUGCUUUUGUGAAGAACGACUGGAAGCACUUUGUCUUCAUGUUUGAAGGGAAGAACCAGAUUGGGACCAAAUUUGAGAAGAAGGAUUGUGGGGAUACUAUAGUAUGGAACUCCAUUGGGAGCGGAGUGUUUGUUGAUUGUCGAGAUGCGUUUGCAAUAGGAGAGAAUUUUGUUGUUGUUGGCAGGACGGCGUUUGAAGACAAAUACUUUGAUGCGGUGUCUAUAGAAACUCUUGUUGGGAGUCAGCGAAUCACUUUGAAUGACAUUGCUAUCUUUGGGGUUGAAGGAGAAAAUGAUAGUAAAGAGAGUGUACAAGAAGCGCAAGAACCACAACAGAGUACUGAAGUUGAGAGUCGGUGUACUCAAGAACAACAAAAUGAGAAACAAAUAUUACCCCAAACGAAGUCCGCGAAGUUUGAAGAGAAUAAAAGUGUUGGAAAUUCAAUAGCGAGCGAAGCGGAAGUCCAAUUGCACAAGAAACUCCAAGAAAUUAUUUCUUCAACUCGAGAACAAACGGAUUUGGCACUUUUCAUGAACGACAAGGUCGUCACUGCUCUUUACCUCUCUUGGAACAACCAACGAUUUAGUAGUUUACUUUAUGAUAGUAAAGAGAAUGGGAUGGACCCUCAACGGUUCUCCAAAUUCUUGUCGUGUAUUGCCAACACUAUUAUUGCCGUGCAGACAACAAGUGGGCUGAUCUUUGGGAUCUACAACCAAACCAAAGCCCCUCAAUUUAGCACGCGAAAGGCGACGAUAGAAGGCGACACCAAUCACUUCGCCUUUGUUUUUUCAACGUCGAAAGUCGGCGCGCGGUUUAAGACCAAAUCUCCGCCACAAGUUGGGUUUAUUGGAGAUAUGAACGACGUCAUGUUCCAAGUGGGGAGCAGUCUGAUAGUUUUUCAAGACGGGCGAAUAGUCAUUUCGGAUGAAUUUAACAAGUUGUAUGAUGGCGAUAUGUCCAAUGAAGAAAUGGUUGGUGGCGCAACGGAGGGUUUGAAGCUCCAGAGACUUGUGGUGAUGGUCACUUCGACCUCCGAGGCGGUCAUCUCGCGUGCUCUUUCGUACAAAUCUUCUGUCAUCAAGCAAGAAAAGGAGAGUGAAAGGAAAGAAGCUGAGAUGGCACGAAUACAGAAAGAGAGAGAGGAGAAGGCGCGUCGACAGAGAGAAGAAGCCGAGAGAAAACGCGUUGAGGACGAGCAAAUGAGAGUUUUGGAAGAAGCCGCGCGGAAGGAGGAAGAGCGACGAGUACAACUUGAGACGGAACGAAAGAACAAAAUGGCUGAGGAGAAGAGGAAACAACUUGCGGAAGAGCAACGGAAAGUCAAUGAAGAGAAAGAACGACAACGUGUUAUUGAAGCUGAGCAACGAAGAAAAGAGAAAGAAGAUAUGGAGAAGGUGAAAGCUGCAGAAGCCGAGGCGAAGAGAAUAACAGAAGAGAAAGAACGACAAGAGAAAGAGGCGGCGGAACAAAAGAGAAUAGAAGAAGAGCGACUGAACAAUGAGAGAAAGCAACUUGAAGCGGCGUUUAUUGAGCAAGAGAACGAACGGAAACGACUUGAAGAUGAGCGCCGAAGGACAGAAGACCUUGAGAAUGAGAAGAGAGAGAAAGAGAAGUUUGAGAAAGAGAAGCAAAAGAUCGAACGGGAACGACUCGAGAAAUUUGCAACGACGCCGGAAGACGUUUUGGCGAAGAUGGAAAUAGACACCAAGAAACAAGCGGACAAAUUGAUGGAGUCAUCUGAUGGAGUUGAGAUCAUAGAGGGGGAAGAGAGUUGUAGUGAUUCGAGUUCGGAGAAUUACGAAAUCUGUGAGAUGGAGAAUAGCGAUGAUGGGGCUAUUGUAGAAGAGAAUUUGAGUGAGAGUGGGAAUGAUGACACCCCGGAGAACACAAGUAAGCCAAUAAUUAAAGAAGCCACUGACGACUCGGACGAGUGGAAGGGCGGGGAAAAGCCCAAGAAAGAGGGGUACACAGGGAAAGAGUGGCUGAAGAUGUAUAAACAAGGCAAAGACUUUAUGUUCAACAAAACAAUUAAUUCGAAAGAUCGGAUAAUGACGGCUUUAGCAAACAAGAAGGCGCUCCGUAUGUUGAGUGGGGCUAUUGUCUUUAAAAUGUGCAAGAAAAUUUAUGACACUACACACAACAAAUUUUCAACACAGGCAUUCAACGCGGCGAUAGCGGGGAAGAAAUCGAUUAUGGUUAUCGUACAGACCGAAGGCUGUGUGUUUGGGUGUUACAACGAGAGUGAUGGACUGCCUCGUGUUGUGAAGAGAGAAACACCAAUCAUUGCAAACAAAGCGUUUGUCUUUUCGUUGGUCAACCGCCUUGGGGAACCCUUUUUGGUCGAGAAGAAGACGAACUCGUCCUUUUAUUUGCACAACACAGAUGAUAACGGUAUCGUCAGUUUCGACUGCUGUUUCACCAUCAAAAAGGACAAGAAGAUAUACGUCCAGAACAAGAAAUGGAGUGAGUGCUACAACACCAAAUUUGAUAGUGGGAUUCUCACCGGCGCCACUUUUCCUGUUGUUGCGGAUAUGGAGCGGCUCGUGGUGUUUGAAUGGAAUUGA